UUACAUUUAAAUAAUAUUUUUAGGAAUCAAUGUAACUUGUAAAAUGUGCUGGUUAUAAUACCUCAAGAAAGGACCCGAUUUGAAUCAUGUUCAUUUAGAAUAUUUAACAGAAUUGGGGGUGCCAUGACAUCUAAUCCUUGAUAUAUACUGUACAGAGUAAUAUUUCUAGAAGAGAUGGAAGUGUUUUUCUAUUUUGGAGUGUUUUUAUGGGUGAGUUCAACAGCAUCAUCGUUGGCUUUGACAGAAAACAGUUUGACAGUGGUGCCCAGACAGGCAAACUACAGUGAAGUGAUACCUGUAACGCUCAAUGCGACUAUAGAAUAUGUGCUGGUAUAUCAACAAAGUCCAGCUAUCAAUCCGUACACAGUUAGGGCUUGGUGUGAAAAUAUCAACCCCAAUUUACCCGUACAGAUAGUAGUUCGCCAGGCUAAACAAGUGACGUCAUGGACAGUACCGGAAAUGAUCGAAACAACUAAAACUAAACACAUAUUGUAUUUUUAUAAUACGUCAAAAACCAUGUGCCACGAGUCUAUGGACGAGAUAACGCAUAACAAUCCAGAUUUUUCAAUGGGUCCUUUGACCGUAUCUCAGAGUUUCAUCAUGGCACUGUCAACAUCAUCACCAGACAACGUUACGGUUAACGUGGAAUUGAAAGAAGACGAGGAUUUUUACGUUUUCAGGGAUAUCAAGUACAAUAUCACAGUAUCUCCUAGCCAAUCGCGAUACGUUUACUAUAAAUUCGAUAAUUCUUCCGCUGAUACCGUAGUUAUCGAGGUAGAUUCAGAUGAUGACGUUUGUUUGACAGUGUCAGUCCAAGACGGCAGGUGUCCUGUGCUUGAUUCAAACAAAGAUGUUAAAUAUGAAGGGGUCUUUCAAACUGUUAACAGAAAAGGAGCCAUUACUGUAGCUAAACGACACUAUUCACCUGGAUUUUUCCUGGUGUUUGUUGCCAAACCGGACAACUAUGACUGCAGCCAAGAAAGCAACGUCAUACCGCUGAGCAGACUCUCAUCAAUCAUGGACAACAACAUAACCACCUUGCUGACUUUUUCCAUAAAGAACAGCAUCAGUUUGUACGAGUACGCUUACGCUUCUAUAGGUAUAGCUAUCGCAGUAGUCAUUUUUGGGGUGGUCUCUUUAGCUGUCAUUAUAGUUUUUAAUCGGUAUGGAACUAUAUCCAAAGCCAGGACUUACGACAGCAAUAAUGAUGAUUUAGAUAUAAAGAUACAAGAUUAUAUCGAGCCGAAGACCGAUGAGGAGAUCAAUCGAAUUAUACUGUCAAAAGACCUGACAGUAGAUGUGUUUGCCAAAUAUCCCAGAAGAAUUAAACAAAGAUCUUUCAAUUAUUUGUCGCAUACGACGAGCAUAGCACUGUUUUACAGUAUACCUGUUAUUCAGUUGGUCGUCACGUAUCAAAGGGUGGUUAACAUGACAGGAGACCAAGAUUUGUGCUAUUACAACUUCUUAUGUGCACAUCCAGCGUUAUCUUUUAGUGACUUCAAUCAUAUCUACUCCAAUAUUGGUUACAUAUUAAUAGGGAUAUUUUUUAUUUUUGCUGUAAUCGACAGACAACAUAUCAUAAAGAUUACCAAGGAGAAUGGUAUACCAGUUCAUUAUGGGUUGUUUUAUGCAAUGGGUGUUGCUCUAAUUAUAGAAGGCAUCCUGUCGGCUUGUUAUCAUAUUUGUCCAAGUCAAUCGAAUUAUCAGUUUGAUACAAGUUUCAUGUACGUUAUGUCUGUAUUAAUAAUGGUAAAAUUAUACCAAAACCGUCAUCCAGAUAUUAAUGCUACAGCAUACACAACUUUUAGUGUGGUUGGUAUUGCUAUUUUUAUAGCCAUGAUAGGUAUACUAGAUGGUACACUUUUUAUAUGGGUCUUGUUCAUAGUAUCUUAUUCCAUUUUAAUAAUAUUAUUAUCAUUAAAAAUAUACUACGUGAAUUAUGUAGUGAGUGGUGCCAAACAAUUUUAUAUUUUUUAUAAAAAUCAAGGAUUAUGCAUUGAAACGGUCUCGCCCCUAAGAAAAGGUCGUUUUGUGGCAGUUCUUGUAACAAACGUUGCCAAUUUUAGUAUGCUUGGCAUCGGACUUUACAUCUACUUGAACAAUAUAACAGAUUUUGGAACGUUUCUUUUGGCUCUUCUUCUAGGAAAUACAGUAAUUCAUAUAUCGUUUUACACAAUUAUGAAGCUAAUACACAAAGAGAGAAUAUGCUACGAGUCUUUGAUUUUCGGAGUUGUGGGAAUGGCUUUCUGGAUAACUGCUGGAAUAUUCUUCCUAGAUGCUGCCACCUUAUGGACGGUGACUCCAGCUGAAUCGCGGCAGUGGAACCAGGGUUGUAUCUUCCUGAAUUUCUUCGACAAACACGACGUGUGGCAUUUACUGAGCGCACCGGCCCUGUUUUUCACCUUUCUGUAUUUGAUGUAUCUGGACGAUGACAUAUCUGACAAGCCACAAAAGAAAAUAUCAGUAUUCUAAAUAAUAAUAAUAAGCGUUUUGAACAAGUUUUUUUAAUCUAUGAAAUAAUUUUAAGUACUUUUUACUUUCUCCGUAUAUUUUAUAUUUAUGUGACUUUGUUGUAAAGUAAUUGACUGUUUAUUAUUGAUUUUAGAAGUAUUUCUAUUUGUAUUUCUAAGUGUAACAAACCAUAAAUAUAAGUUGUGAUCUCAAAAACAAAUUUUCUGUGCAUGAAACCAAUUUUACUAUAGUUUGUCCAGCAAGAGGAUACAUGAUAGUGACAGUUGUCUCUAUCAUAUUAAUGCACACAUCAAUUAUAUUUUCUGUCAAUUUUUGGAUGUCGUCUGACAAAAUCUAUAAUUAAUAUCAUAAUAUAAUAAUUUUGUAAUAUGUGAGAAGAAGUAUAUAGUGUGAUCAAACAAAAAAGAUAUCAGAAGAGUCGUAAAAGUACUAUUUUAGUACUUCUAGACAGAUUUUACUACAUAUGUCUUUUUUUAUCACACUAUCAUCGUCAGCAGUCAGCAAAUAUAAUUAUAAACAGAUUUUUAUGUAAAUAUACAUUUAAAAUAGGUAUAUAUGACUUUUUCAAUAUGUAUUUUAUAAAUGUUUUCUAAAUAAACUUAUUCCUAAU